AUGAGCCCCCUCACAAAACUAAUAUUCUCCUUAAGCCUUCUACUGGGAACAACCAUUACAAUUUCAAGCAACCACUGAAUACUAGCUUGAACUGGGUUAGAAAUCAACACCCUUGCCAUUAUCCCCUUCAUUUCAAAAUCACAUCACCCUCGAGCUGUCGAAGCUGCAAUCAAAUACUUUCUCGUCCAAGCAACCGCCUCCGCACUAAUCCUUUUCUCGAGCACAAUCAACGCACAGCUCACCGGACAAUGGGACAUUACCCAAUUAACCCAACCAACAGCCUCCCUCCUACUGACUAUAGCAGUAGCAAUAAAACUAGGACUAGUACCCUUCCAUUUCUGAUUUCCAGAGGUCAUGCAAGGCUCACCCAUAACCACCGCCCUACUCCUCUCCACAUUAAUAAAACUCCCCCCCAUCACUAUUUUAUUCUUAACUGCCCCCUCACUAAACCCGUCUCUGCUAACAACCAUAGCCAUCGCAUCCGCAGCUGUCGGAGGAUGAAUAGGACUCAACCAGACACAAAUUCGAAAAAUCCUAGCCUUCUCAUCAAUCGCCCACCUGGGCUGAAUAACCAUUAUUCUCAUAUACAACCCUAAACUAACAAUAAUAACCUUCUACUUAUACUCCCUAAUAACUGCCUCCAUUUUCUUAACCCUCAACACAACCAACUCAUUAAAACUAUCCACAAUAAUAACCUCCUGAACAAAAAUACCAGCACUAAACACAUCCCUAAUACUAGCACUGUUAUCCCUAGCUGGCCUACCUCCACUCACUGGCUUCUUACCAAAAUGACUCAUCAUUCAAGAAUUAACUAAACAAGAGAUAUCAACCACAGCCAUAAUUAUCUCAAUACUCUCCCUACUAGGCUUAUUUUUCUACCUACGCCUUGCAUAUUGCUCUACAAUCACACUUCCACCUAACACCACAAAUUUCAUAAAACAAUGAUACAGUAACAAACCUACAAACACGCCAACCGCUGCCCUAAUUUCCCUAUCAAUCCUUCUCCUCCCCCUUUCUCCCACAAUCUUAACCAUCACCUA